AUCCUGCGUCAUUUCCGUUCGUCAACCUGUUGAAAUCCAUCUCUUAAUAGAGUGUUAACGUUUGUGAAACUUAAUUUUAAAAGAAUUUAAACAUACUAAAUGACAGGCAAAGCCUUCUGUUGAGUUCUCCUCUAAUCUAAGACUCAACUGCUGUGUUAAAUUGACGUGAGAGACACUUUACAAGGACUUACGAAGAACAAGUGUAUCACCACCCCAAGUAACGUUCCCGUGGAAUUUAGCGACUGCUGUUUGUGGAUAACGUCGGGUGUCUCCAACUUGUUGCUUCAGCAUCAUCUCCAAGCGAGGACUUGGUUCCCUGCACAAUGUUGAGUUUUCUCCGCCGGACCCUGGGCCGGCGGUCAAUCCGCAAGCAUGCUGAGAAAACCAGACUCCGGGAAGCACAGCGAGCCAUCACUCACAUUCCAGCAGCAGGGGAUGCUAAGUCUAUUAUCACCUGUCGAGUGUCUCUAUUGGAUGGAACAGAUGUCAGUGUUGAUUUGCCGAAAAAAGCUAAAGGGGAGGAGUUGUUUGACCAGAUCAUGUAUCAUCUGGAUAUUGUUGAAAAGGAUUACUUUGGGCUGCGUUUCAUGGAUUCUGCACAAGUGGCGCACUGGCUGGAUGUCACAAAGGGCAUUAAAAAACAAGUAAAAAUUGGACCACCUUACUGUUUGCACAUGAGAGUGAAGUUCUACUCCUCAGAGCCUAACAACCUUCACGAAGAAUUAACCCGAUACCUCUUUGUUUUGCAACUGAAGCAAGAUUUACUGAGUGGCAAGUUGGAAUGUCCUUUUGACACAGCUGUGGAGUUGGCUGCCUUCUCUUUGCAAGCUGAGUUAGGUGACUGUGACCCAGCAGAACACACUCUAGACUUGGUGUCAGAAUUCCGAUUUGUCCCAGACCAGACAGAAGACAUGGAGCUUUCUAUCUACAACCACUGGAAGGACUGCAGGGGACAGAUGCCAUCACAAGCUGAGAUUAACUAUCUGAAUAAGGCAAAAUGGCUAGAAAUGUAUGGUGUGGACAUGCACAGAGUAAAGGCUCGAGAUGGCAAUGAAUACAGUUUAGGGCUUACCCCCACUGGGGUUCUGGUAUUUGAGGGUGAAGCCAAGAUAGGCCUAUUUUUUUGGCCCAAGAUAACUCGUCUGGAUUUCAAGAAAAACAAGUUGACUCUUGUAGUGGUAGAGGAUGAUGAACAGGGAAAAGAACAGGAACAUACAUUUCUGUUCCGUAUGGAUCAUCCCAAGGCUUGUAAGCACCUGUGGAAGUGUGCUGUUGAACAUCAUGCAUUUUUCCGCCUGAGGGGACCUGUCCAGAAAGGCACCACCCGCUCUGGCUUUAUACGUAUGGGUUCUCGAUUUCGCUACAGCGGAAAAACUGAAUAUCAGACUACUAAGGCCAAUAAAGCUCGGAGAUCAGCCUCUUUUGAGCGUAGGCCCAGUCGACGGUACUCACGGAGGACCAUUCAGAAUAUGGCCUCUAAGAAAGUUCAAAACACAUUCAAUAAUGGCUUAAACCCAAGCAAAGACAGAAAGUCCUGUCCUUCCUGGAUUACCAUACCAGUUGUGACAGGGUCACCUGAAACCCAGGAGCCAUGGGAGUCUGAAACCCUCCCGAACGUUCCAUGUAGUGACCAAUCAGAGAAAAGCUCACUUCUGGCAGUCAACAAACUGCAGUCAAUUGAAGUAAUGGAAACACUGGUCAAGGAGUCUGCUCCCAUAGUCACAGCAGGCCAAACAGAGGAGGCAGGGUUGACUGUUGUCUUGGAGGAUUGUUCUUCCUUCACAGACACAAGUGCAUGCCUGAAGCAGAUGGAAAUAGAAAGCAUUCUACACUCUUCUCCAGCUCAGUCUGCAGCCACCAGCAGUAACACUCUAAGCAACCAGGACAUAGUGAGAAGGUCUAGUGAAUCUCAGAAUACUAUGAAUAGUAGUCUGAUGAUCAGGCCCCUAGAUGACCACAAGUGUUCCAAAGGACAGGCUGAGGCUACCUUGAAGGAGGAAGAUGUUGUUACCGGAAUUGAGGAAAAUAUGAGACAGAGAGAGAUUGUGUCCAGGGUUGAACCUGAGACAGACAGCCUCAUUGUAACUGACACACAGAUUCCUUUAGAAUCUGUAAACACGGCCCUCUUCAUGAAGGAGAAAUCGGAUGAAUGGGACAUGCAGGCAACCCCCCAGACUGAGAACUUGAUAGAUUUUACAGACUCCACUCCUGUUGUGCAGCCUAAGCCUCUGAUCUCUCCACGAUGGAUCAUCCCAACACCUGCUCCUGGCACAUUCACUAAUGGUUUGGCUGGACAUGAUUGUACAGUAGAGACAUCCCUCUUGCGUCAAGAAGUGUUUCCGUUGACCUCACAAACAACUCUAUCUAAUACCCAUGUCCAAUCCAGCAGCUAUCUAGCCCCUCAACCCAAGGAUGAUGACCACAAGCCCAUGGGACUACUAACAACAGACCUCUAAGAUCAGACAAAGCACUCAUUGACAUGUUUUUAAGACCACCAUUCUGCUUUCGGACAACCUCACAAACUAUGCAUAGUUUAUUUUUAUAUGUAGUCCAAUGGGCUAGUCCACUAUACUAUUACAAUUCUCUUCACUGUUCCUUUUGUAUAAGUUAAAGUAUUUACGUCAGACCACUUUUUCAUUGUCAUUAACACUGGUGAUGCUAUGUGUAAGCUCAUUUGUUCUGUUUUUUGAUUCAAUUGGCUGGAAUGUUAAGUUGUAUUCAACUGGCAAGGUGUGAGCCAACAUUUUCUUUCUUUAUAUUUUGUGUUAUUUUUAAACUUUUAUUUUGACUUAUGUAGCUGUUAUUGCUGGAAUUAUGAAUAGUAUGUAAGUUGUCUUGACUUGUCUUGACUGACAAUCAUGAUGCACUGGUCUUGAAUUUCAUUAUAAUCAUGACAUGAAAUGGGAUGAAUGUACUGUUGGAAGGCACCUCACAAGAAUCAACUAUUUUCUCUUACCUGAAAGGACUCUAACUUUACAUUGAUAUUGUCUUCUGAAACAAAUGGAGCCCAAUGAAGCAGAGGCAAAGUCUGUGGAUUAUCCCAGUUAAGGUAAUUUUAAAUAAAGCAUUUUCAUUA